AUGUCGAACCAAACAGGCGAGUCAGGCCACACUGCUAGGCCCAAGAAGAAGCUCAUCAUCAACGCCUUCGUCGAGAUGUGCUCCGGCCACCAAUCCCCCGGCCUCUGGCGUCACCCUUCCGACCAAUCCCACAACUUCACCUCCGUCCAUCACUGGGUCGAGCUGGCCAAGCUUCUCGAAUCCGCCAAAUUUCACGGCAUCUUCAUCGCCGACGUCCUCGGCGGCUACGACGUCUACCGCAACUCUCUCGAGCCCGCCAUCGUCUCCGGCGCGCAAUGGCCCGUCAACGAGCCUUUGUCCGUCGUCCCCGCCAUGGCGGCCGUGACGAAAUCUCUCGGUUUUGGCGUCACCGUCAGCACCAGCUACGAGGCUCCCUACCACCUCCAUCGUCGUCUGGCGACGGUUGACCACUUGACCAAUGGCCGAUUGGGGUGGAACAUCGUCACCAGCUACCUCGAUAGCGCGGCGAGGAAUAUUGCUGGAAGGGAAAAGCAGGUGGCGCAUGAUGAGCGUUAUGAGCAGGCGGAGGAGUAUCUGCGGGUUAUGUACAAGCUUUUUGCGUCCUCCUGGCGAGACGAUGCUGUUGUGCUGGAUCGUGAGAAGGGAGUGUACACCGACCCUGCGGCCGUGAGGCAGAUUAACCACGAGGGCAAGUUCUUCAGCGUUCCCGGGCCCGCGAUCGUGCAACCUACCCCUCAGAGAGUCCCAUUACUUUUGCAAGCUGGAACUUCGAAAGCUGGCAAGCUGUUUGCUGCACAGCACGCCGAAGCCAUCUUCGUGAGCUCGCAUGCGCCGCAGGUUUGCGCGAAGAAUAUCGCGGAGGUGAGGCAGUUAGCCCGUGAGAAAUAUGGAAGGGAUGGGAACAAGAUCAAGGUGUUGAGUCUGGUGACGCCGAUUCUUGGAAGGACCGAGGAGGAGGCCAAGGAGAAGUUGGCUGAUUACAGAAAGUAUGCGAGCACGGAAGGUGCGUUGGCGUUGUUUGGUGGGUGGACGGGCAUGGAUUUGAGCAAGUAUGGGGAUGAUGAGGAGUUAAGAGAGGUUGAGAGCAAUGCUGUUAGGUCGACUGUGGACGCCUACGCCAGGUUCUCUCCCCCUGGCUCCAAGUGGACAAAGCACACAGUUGCUGAGCACGUUGCCAUCGGCGGUAACGGUCCCAUCAUUGUGGGCACACCAGAGCAGGUGGCUGAUGGUCUUGAGGCAUGGAUCAACGAGGCCGAUGUUGAUGGCUUCAACUUUGCCUAUGCCCUCUUCCCCCAAUCUUUCCAGGACAUCAUCGAUCUUCUGCUCCCCGAGUUGCGAAAGCGUGGUCUCUUCUGGGAUGACUAUGAUGUUCCCGGGGGAACUUACCGUGAGAACUUCUAUGGUGCCGAAGGCCAGAAGUAUCCCUUGGAGGAGCACGUUGCUUCGAAGUACCAGUGGAAAGCUGGUGUGUCGGCUGAGGAACAUAAAAUUCCGGAGUUGUAG